AUGAAUCAUGUGCCUUGCAACCCGGCUCUCUCUUUGAAGAUCAGGAACUUGCUCAAUCAGAAGAAAUCCCGUCUCAACAAAACCGCCGCCACUUCGCCUCUUGCAUCCAUCAAAACUCGCACCAAAACCGCCCCAGCAACAGCAACAACACAUAGCUCUUCCUUGGCCAGCAGCCAUAGUUCAUCAGACCCGAAUUACUCGAUGGAAACAGGUCAAGCAGCAGACACGAAGCUGUUUGAUGAUGCGAUUCUUUUAGCUGAUGAUACUCUGGGGGAAUCAUCCGCAGCAGCAGCAACUAGUACGGCAACUAAUCAAUAUCAUCAGAAUCAAUAUCACCAGAUUCCUGCAGACUUCGAGCAUAUGAAAGUGGAGAGGCAAAUAUCAGCAUCCCUGUAUGCAAUGAAUGCCACGGUGGCGUCCACCGUACGCUGGUUGUUGUCGUUGUGCGCCGUCGGCAAUUUGUCCCCAACAAGCUUUCUGUUUUUGUGCGCCAAGUGGAUUGCUGGAAGAUUACAUUGUUGGGAGAUAAACUCACGUCAAGAUCUCAGGUUCAUUGAUUUGGUUGUCUUAGUUUGUCUCUGGAGGACACGUGGUGUGGGAGCUGGCGCGGACAAGUCCUAUAAAGAAGUCCCAUCUUGGCAACGAAUGGAAAAAAGGAGGUAUCGAGGCCAAGCAGCUGAACUUGCGGCAGGGUAUGCUUCCAUGCUUGCGGCUCUAACUCCAUGUUUGUAUCUUUGGAAGGAUGAAGUGUUGAUUGCUGGAUUUGGACGUAAAGGUCAUGCUGUUGGAGAUAUUCCAGGUGUCGGGAUCAAGGUGGUAAAGGUCUCAGGUGUUCUCUUCUGGCUCUCUUCAAGGAGGAGCAGGAAAAACCUAGAUCAUAAAGAGUCUUUGUAG